AUGUCUGGAUUUCUGGAAGGCUUGAGAUGCUCAGAGUGCAUUGACUGGGGGGAAAAGCGCAAUACUAUUGCUUCCAUUGCUGCCGGUGUUCUAUUUUUUACAGGCUGGUGGAUUAUCAUAGAUGCAGCUGUCAUUUACCCCCGCAUGGACGAAUUCAACCACUCCUACCACGCGUGUGGUGUCAUAGCAACCAUAGCCUUCUUAAUGAUUAAUGCAGUAUCAAAUGGACAAGUCCGAGGUGAUAGUUACAGUGAAGGUUGCCUGGGUCAAACAGGUGCUCGCAUUUGGCUGUUCAUUGGUUUCAUGUUGGCCUUUGGCUCUCUGAUUGCAUCGAUGUGGAUUCUUUUUGGAGGAUAUGUUGCUAAAGAAAAAGCCGUAGUAUACCCUGGGAUUGCUGUAUUUUUCCAAAAUGCCUUCAUCUUUUUUGGAGGACUCGUUUUUAAGUUUGGCCGCACUGAAGACUUAUGGCAGUGA